AUGGUCAAAUUCCUCACCCUUGCCUCAGUCACUACUGGCGUAGUCGCUGCCUCUAGCAAUGGCUCACCAACCACUCCAAUUCUCGAUUGCGGUCAAAACUGUCAACGACCACCAGUUGGGAGCCUUGAGUACCUGACAGCUGUACAUUCCAUCCAGCAUCUGCUCGCUCGAUACCCCGUAGCCAUCGAUGGAAAGGACUGGGGCCAGCUUGGCAGCAUCUUCGCAGCCAACGCCACAGCCAGUUUUCCGCCUCCCUUGGGUGACCUCGCUGGCUCCGACAACAUUGCAACGGCCAUCUCUCAAGGGCUGGGCUUCUUCGCCAGUACUCACCAUAGCUACGGCACUCAGCUCAUUGAAGUCUGCUCCGAAGAUACCGCUGUCGCAAUGACGUAUUUGACUGCAUCUCAUUUCAUGGCGGGGACGACAAACCUUUCGGAGACCUUUGGUUUAGACAACGUCUUAUAUAGUUACGGACGGUACCUCGACAAAGUGGAGCGAGGUGUAGAAGGAAAGUGGAAAAUCCUCCACAGAACCCUGGUCAUGAUGGGACCUAGCAUCUCCGACAUAUCUAUCUAG